AUGGACGCUAGGUCUAAAGCUCGACGUUUCUUCGAAUCUUCCGAUCAACCAUCAUCGAGUCCUCCGGCCAAAAGAAGUAAAUCAACACAUUACGGAAAUAGCUCACGGUCUUCUGAACGACGGUCUCAAAGUAAUAGAACAGAGCAUCGAAAUGCACACGUAUCUACUACAAGAAAAGAGAUUGUAGAUCCAGCUAAUCAGUAUGUUAUAUUGUUGUAUCACUUCUUUUCAAGAUUGAAUUUAAAAACGAAACUAAUGUAAGAUGUUUCCAGACCAUUAAACGAAGAACAUUUUGAAGAUGCUUUUGCAGCUUUUGGGGAUAUUGACUUUAGCGCGCUACAGAACUUGAACGAUGAAGGGGAAGAUGGUUUGAACGAUGUUGUAGUAGUUCGAAAGCCAAUUACGGCUGAAGAUCGGGCAAAAACCAUGGCCAAAAGAUGUCAGACGAUUGAUGAUGAUCAUGAUACGUACGUUUUUUUUUAAUUUUUGUUUUUAAUUUUAGGUGCAAGCUUUAAUAUUGCUCGGGAUUGAUGAAGAGAGCAAGUUAUUGAUUGUGUCACUUAUUGAUUGUUGCAAAAGCAUUGUAAGAAGUAUUAGUACAUUAAUACUUGUAAAAUGACUUGACCAAAGCAAGAUAGAUGCAUUUAAGUAUGUAUUAGUUCUUUGGUUCAAGUAUUUUCUCUUACUUUGGCUACUGCGAACAUUAUCUUACUUUAUAAAUGGUCUGUAACACUAAACUUAAUUAUUGUAGUGUCACUAUUGAAAUAGAUUUUGUAAAGUUAUAGUUUACAUUGAAUUGUACGUCUUUUCACUCUCUGUUUAUGGUAUUUUGUGUUUUAGGAUUAUGCUCAGUGAUUAUUCGGACCCAGAAGAUGAGGUUAUGAUAGGUGGGUGUAUAUUUUGAUAACACUUAUUUAAAAUUUUUUAUAGUUAAUGAGGUACUGCCAGAUGGUUCCGUCGCGCCAAAAAACCAAAUUCCAAUACCAGAAAAGGAAGCUAAUUGGAUGUCGCUUUCUGGUCCUUUGAUAUUACCUAAAAUCCCAAAGGCUAAAUGUACGUUUCUACUGGUUUUAAUUGAUAAAGAGCUCACUGAAAAUCUUUUAUAGUCAGCAAUAGGCUGCCAGAUGGUGGUGUUGCGCCUAAAAACCAAAAUCCAAUACCGGAAAAGAAAGCUCAUUGGUCGUUGGCUCCUAUGAAUUUACCUGCAAUUCCAAAGGCUAAAGGUACGUUUUUAACUGAUGUUAUAAAGAGUAUUUUAAAUAAAGAGUUUUAAUAAUUUUAACAUUAUUGGAGAAUAAAUAGGUAGUAUUAAGGUUGUUGUUUUAAAAAGCGUUGUUUUGUUUUUAUAGUACUUUUGGUUAUGAUUUUAAUGUUAAACAAGGUGUUUUAGUUCCAAUGAAUAAAGGAAACAAUUCUCCGACGAAAAAAGCCAACAAGUUUAGUCAAAAAGACUCAAAUAUUGUAAGUUUCUUGUUAAGAAUCAUUCUAUAAUUUACUUUUGUUUUUUUUUGAUUGUUUUUUGCGAAGUUUGAUGCCUUAAAAUGAUUGACCUUUAUUUCAGCCAUCGUCCAGUACUUCUACACCAAGGAAAAGUGCUAGAUUAGCGAACAAAACCCAGGAACCUCAAAAAUCUGCAGCAGCUUCAGAACCUAACCAGGGUAAAAAGGGAAAGUCAAGGAAUUCGUCAAUUGUUCUAGUUGAAGAAUCUUUUGAAUCGGAAGCUGUUGUAGAAGCAAACAGCAGUCAGAAAAGAAUGUUUCAUCAGCACCUUAGUCUUGCUCAAACAGAAGUAUAUAAGAUGGACAAGAAGCAGAAAGAGGAAAACAAGAAGAAGAAACAGAAAGGUAACACAAAGGCUGCCGAAAGCAAUCAAAGCAAUGUGGAAACUGCAAAGAAACAGAAAACAAAACAGAAUUUGGCCAAGAGUAAUCAACCAUCAUGGAGCACGGCAUCUACUGUUAAUGUGGCUUCUACGUCAGUCAUACCUAAAUUAGCUUUUGUCUCUACUGAUGUUACCAUGGGCGCUGUAUCAGCUCAAGCUAGUAAAACUAGUUUAUUUGUUAAAUCUGAAGUUAAGAGCCUAUCUCAAGAACCAAUGGAAGUUGACAAUGAAGACGAGGUGAAAGGAGAAGGUCAGGUGAAAGGGGAAGUUCAGGUGAAAGAAGAAGGUCAGGUGAAAAAUGAAGUUAAUGUGGAUGAAGAUAUUGUUGUAAUUGAUCAAAUUAUCAAAAAGGAAUUGCCAUCGUUACCAACAAGGUCAAAGAAAUUGGCUAAAAAUAAGGAAGUGAAGUGGACAUCGGAGUUGGUUAUGGUACCGAAGAAACCAGUGAGUUUGGAUAUUAUUACGGUGAAAAGUAGUUAAAACAGUCGAAAACAUACGUAAACUGAUAUAUACUGUGUAUUUAAUGGCUGCCGGUUUAGAAAUUUUAGACUGGGGGUUAAGAAAUUUGUUAUGAUAAAGGUAAAUUCUGGGCGUAUCAAGUUUACCUUUUGAUCUAUAGAGAAGAUGCAUCUAUUACUAACAUUAAUAUUAUAUUUUUUUAGAUGUUUAAGUGCAUUUUCUGGCUAAGUUUUAUGUUGUUGUUGUGUUUUAUUAGGAAAAAGACGCUUUAUUUUUUGCUUUUGCUAGUUUUCAGGGAUUUUUAUCGCGAUUCAACUCGUUUUUUAUUUUUAAACGGGACUUUUUUCGAUUUUACUUGUUUCGAAAAGCAUUAUUAACUAUUGUAUAAGAUUAAUUUUGAAUUAUAUUACGAUUUUAAUUUUUACAAUUACAAAUUAUUACGAUUACAACUUUAGUUAUUACUUUUUUUAGUAAAAGCUUAUUAUUGUGACAAAGUUAAAGGGCAUCAUAGAUAGGGGUCUUGACAAAAGCAUUAUAGAUUAUGUGGGACCGGUAUCAUUUAAAAAACAACUGAUAUGUCACUAAAAUUUUAUAUUUUCUUAUAUUUACAUAUAUUUCUUCCAAUUCUAGAUGAACGUGUUCUCACCAAACACUAACGGUAUAGUUGUGACGAUAUGCACAUACAAUGUGUUAUGCGAGACCACCAGAAUCAGAUGUUCACAUUUGUAUCGUGCAUGUGAUCAGAAAGCCUUGAAAUGGUCCGAAAGAUGGAAGAAGAUCGAGGCUUUCUUGACCAACAGCUACUCUGAUGUGUUUUGUCUCCAGGAGGUCGAGGACAAACAUGUCAUCGCGUAUUUUAGGCCGUUCUUUGAGAGGAGUGAGUUUUAAAUUAAUGUGUUGGUGGUCUGAUCUUACGUUACCUUUCGUACCUAAAGGUUGGACUUGCUUUCUUUCUUUUUUGAUCUAUUUUCUUGCAUUCCUACUGCCUACUACAAUAUUUUAUCUUUUGGGCGUGUAAAACACUAAAAUGACUGAUUUCAGUAAACUACGAUUACUUUUACUUACCGCGAAGAAAUGGCAACCCAGAUGGAUGUCUAAUCGCAUACAACAAAAAGGUUUAUCAACAGCUGAAUUAUCAAGAGAUCUGCUACAAUAGGGGAGCUGAAGGCUUUAACAAGGACAAUGUUGGUGAGUUUUUUGAAAUUUCGUUGGAUUUUAGGUAUGUUUUGAAGAAAAAGGACGUAAAAAAGGUAUGCACAUUGAUACCUUCAAUUUUAGGCCAAUUAUUAUCUCUACGACACAUUCAAUCAGGUCUUGUUUUUAAUGUUUUCAACACCCACAUCUUGUUCAACAUGAACCGAGGCGAUUUGAAGCUAGGGCAGUUGAUAUUGAUGAUGUCUAAUGUCAUAAACAACACAAUAUCUCUGCGCGGCUCUAAUUUUGUUGGCAACUUUUUGUGCGGCGACUUCAACAUGGACCCAAAGUCUCCAUUAUAUCACUUUGUGAGGGAGGGUAAUAUCAACGUGAGCAGCUUCACAUCUCCAGACGUCUGUGUGAACAAACAGAAGGCGCCUCAGGUUAGGGAUGACAAAAAGAGGAUUAACAUCAGGCCGGUUGCGGUGGGACUGGACUACGAUUGCUCGAUACGGAAGGCUAAGGGUAAGGUUUUGGGCAAUAUCGAUUUGAAACGGGCGGGUCCAGUUGGGAAAUUUUUGAGAAAGGAAUGUACUUUCUAGACAUUACUAUCAUUCGUAUAUGUAUAAUAUUAUAAAAGUUGAAUUUUCAGGUUUAGCAAACAUAAAAUCGACGUUUACUCACCCACUAAAGUUCUUGUCAGCUUAUUCUCAUGUGACCUUAGAUGGAAAGCCAGAAAUAUCAACUAGACACCUUGACUACGGAUGCCCGGACUUUAUCUUUUACCAAACUGACAAACAGGUAAUGAUUACUGAGCUUGAGUAGUAUAUACAAGAAUUUGAAAAAGAUAGGUUUUUAACGAACUUGAUAAGUAAUAUGUCUAACGAAGGGCUGCACUUAAUCAAACGGUUUGUUGAAGUUAUAAAGUGCUCAGAAAGUAUUGGAGUUUUUGAAGGUACAGAUAAAUAAAUUGCUGAAAAGACUUUGAUAUUUUAUUUUUUUUUUCUUUGUAGUAAUUCUAUAAUAAUAACAGUUUUAAUGUUUUUUGCUCACAAAAUUAUAAAAGUACUUUCAGUGUGCUUCAAACAUAGAAACCAGAAUCAGAUUAUUGAGAAGAAUACCCUUACCUUCUCUGAGUGACAUCGACAGUACAGUUGGGCCAAUGCCUAAUCACCAUUUUGGAUCAGAUCAUCUUCCAUUACGGGCUGAAUUUUUCAUAUUUUAG